AUGCCAUUACAGCACUCUGAGGCUUCGGGAGUUGCUGAUAUUGUAUUUUCAUGCACACCCUUUUCGUCAUCUCGGACUAUUCCACUGGCAGAGCAGACUGCCCCGAGAAUAGCCGACAUUGUCCAAGUGACUGGUGUUACCAGCGAUCAGACCAUGCACUCCAGCAGCUCUUUGGUGUUGGCCGAGAUGAUGCGCGCCAAGUACCUCUUAGACGUGUACGAUGACCGAAAGUUGGUCGUUGAGGCAUUGGAUGAUCAAUCGGAGUCAUUGAACAAGUUGAAGAGUCUAGUGAUUUGUAUGAUAAAUGCUGUCGAGGAGAUGGAUGCUCACCUUGUGAGAGUGUUUCCAAUUAAUGAUGGUCAUCUGCUGGACGACGUUGAUGACCUUGAGUAG